AUGGAUUAUCCACAAGAAAGCUUCGUCGCGACGACCUUCGCCCCGGGAUCUUUCUGGGCGCGACGUCGGGAAGUAGUUCGGACUCAGACGCUGCGCCAUCAGUUGCAUAUGCUCAAAACGACUGGAAGGUAUGAUGCAUUCAAAUUAAAAUGGCAUCCGAGCUAUUCUGUUCCACCGACUGUUUGGCCGAUUCCGAAUCACCAGUUCUGGGACUCGGAUGUGGCUAAAUGGAUUGAAGGUGGUUGUUAUUUAUUAAUGAAUUGUUAUGAUGAAGAGAUUGAUGCCGCGGUUAAGGAGCUGGUGCAGAUGAUUCGGACUGCCCAGCAUCCUGAUGGGUAUCUUAAUAUUCAUUACUCUGUUGUUGAGCCUGGAAAGCGUUUCACAAACUUAAGGGAUAUGCAUGAGUUAUAUAAUGCCGGCCAUCUGAUUGAAGCUGCACUUGCUCAUCGUCUCCUUUAUAAGAACGAUGAUAUGCUAUCACCCAUUCUGAAAUAUGUGGAUCUCCUUACGGCAACUUUCGGAGACCAGGAUGCUCAAAUUCCCGGAUAUCCUGGCCAUCCAGAGAUAGAGCUGGCUCUGUUGCGUCUUUAUAAGAUUUCUGGUGAUGAGAAACACCUCAAGCUCGCCAAAUUCUUCAUUGAAGAAAGAGGCAACCCUACAGGCGGGAAUGAAAAAAGACAUUACUACGACGUUGAAGCUGAAGCAAGAGGCGAGAGUAAGCACGAGACUCCCAUGUAUUUUCCCGCAGCCAGAAGCUACUGGUACCAGCAGGCCCAUGUUCCAAUCGUCGAACAGCAGACAAUCGAGGGACACUCAGUCCGAGCAAUGUACCUCCUCACAGCAGUUGCGGACCUCGUUCGAAUUUACCAACCAGAAAGUAAGGUGGGAACUACUUUCUUACCCGCUGUGAACCGGUUAUGGUCCAAUAUGGUAGAGAAGAAAUCCUACGUCACUGGGGGAAUUGGAGCAAUGAAGCAGUGGGAGGGCUUUGGUAUCGACUACUUCCUACCCCAGGGUACCGACGAAGGCGGCUGCUACGCAGAGACUUGUGCUGCAAUUGGCGUCAUGAUGCUAUCAGAGCGAUUGUUGCAGGUUGAUCUCGAUGGCCACUACGCUGAUAUCAUAGAACUUUGUCUUUACAAUGCGGUUUUGACAGGCAUGAGUUUGGACGGAAAGGCAUUCACAUACGUGAACCAAUUAGCUUCCUCUGACCAGGAUCUUUCCCAGCGCCACGAAUGGUUCGAGUGUGCGUGUUGUCCGCCCAAUGUCACCCGGACACUGGGCUAUCUUGGUGGGUAUGUCUGGAGCCACAGUACAGGGCAAAAUGCCGUUGUCAAUGUGCAUCUAUACACAUCUGCUACUCUCCGUCUUCAGGUGGCAAAUUCGAUAGUCGAAAUAAAUCAGAAAACAGACUGGCCUUGGAAUGGGGAUGUAGACUUCGCCAUCAUCACAGAAGGACCACACGUUGAUACUGAGCUGCGACUGAGGAUCCCUGGAUGGGCGAAAUCGUGGCACAUCACUCCGAGCCCUGAACUGGAUAUCCGAAAAGGAUACCUCUAUCUAAGUGCUAAUUGGGUGAAGCAAAAUCCGACGUUUCGAUUAUCUUGUCCAAUGCAGCCACAUGUAACCAAACCUCACCCAUUGGCUAGGCAGCCCGUGGCAUACGUCACGCGAGGGCCGAUCGUUUACUGUGUGGAGGAUUUCGAUCAUCCUUGGGAACAUGAUCAUUUCAAGGUAUGA